AUGGGCUGCGGGUGGCGGCGGCCGGGCCUGCUGGCGCUGGGGCUGGUGGCGGGCGCCUGCGGCCUGGCCUUGCUGGCCUACUCCUGCGCCCGCUUCGACCGCCGCCGCCGCGCCGCCCCCGACUUCAAGCGGCGGCUGAGGGAGAAAAGAAGAAAAGAGCAUGAACAAGCGAAACAGCAUGAGAAAGAGUUGCGUGAGCAGAAGGACGCGGCCAAGGUGCAGGAGUUCUUUCUGCAAGAAAUCCAGCUGGGUGAGCUGUGGCUGUCAAGAGGAGAGCACAGAAAGGCCAUCGAACACCUCACCAAUGCCAUUUCACUGUGUACAAACCCAACCCAGCUCAUGGACGUCCUGGAGCAGACUCUGCCGCCCGAAAUAUUUGAGAUGCUGGUGCACAGAAUUCCAUACGUAACCCAACGGCUUCAGAUAGCCCUGAACGAGCAGGAUCUAGAGGAUGAGUGAAAAUGUCGCCUCGCAUCCGGAGCUGCUCUCCAGGCCGGGCCUUAGGAUAGCGGACGAGCCCUCCUUUAGAAAGACUCUCUGGAGGAACAGUCACUUCCAUUUAUUUCACUUUGAUCCAAUAAAAAAUAAACGUCGCUUUAGACACUUUGGGAUUUAA